AUGCUGUCCACACUCGCUGCCCUGCUCUGCGUCGGGCUAUGCCUGAGCAAGAGCAGCUCUCAGACAAAGACACUCUCGAAGCCUGCCAUCUGGGCCAAGCCCAGCCACACGGUUCCUGUGGGGAGUCAAGUGGAGAUCUGGUGCCGGGGAGCGCCGGAUGCCAGAGAGUACCAUCUGCAUUUUGAAGGUGGUCAUCGUGCUGUGUCAAGAACCCAAACACCGGGGUCAAUGAACAAAGGAGUCAGUUUCCCCAUGCAGGUCACACCACAGAGCACUGCCGGGCAGUACAGAUGCCUCUACUCAAGUGGAGAGCUGUGGUCAGAGUACAGUGACCCCCUGGACCUGGUGGUGACAGGACUGUACGAUACGCCCACCCUCACCGUCCACCCCAGACCUGAUGUGGCCCUGGGGGAGCCUGUAACCUUCCGCUGCCAGCUGGAGACAGCCACGAACACAUUCUUUCUGCUGAAGGAGGGGCAGCCCAGCCACACACAGCGCCGAUCCGGGAAUCUCCAGGCCGAUUUCCCCCUGGGCCCUGCCACCAGAUCUCACCGAGGGACCUACAGAUGCUUUGGCUCUUACAACAACCAUAUGUGGUCUUUCCCCAGUGAGCCCCUGAGGCUGGUGGUCACAGGGAAUGAUGGAAACACCAGCUUCGCCCCCACAGACCCACCCACCACUUCUCUGGGUGAGUCUCUGGCACUUCUAACAGAUCCGUGGCAGGCCUAUACCUCCACCCCAGGGUGGGAACUGCAGCAGGCCCAAAAUCUCCUUCGCAUUGGUCUGGCAUUCCUGGUCCUGGUGGCUCUGGCGUGGCUCCUAGCUGAGGACCGGCUCCACAGGAAGCGGGCCCAGGCCCGAAAUGCAGGAUGGGGAUGCAGGAGGCGGCAGACAGUGCAGCGGGACCUUGAUGGACACCAGGAGCUGCGGUGCCCACGCAGGGCGAGAGGCCUUGACCUUGGGCUGCGGGAGCUGUGA